AUGUUCAGACAUUCGUCCUUCGGUAAUAAUCUGUCUAUCAGACGAAAGCUAAUGCUCAAGCCUACACCUUUUGCCUAUGGGCCUCAAAGAAUGAACAUAGCCCAACCAUUAUCUCGUGCAUCAAAAGUAGCUGAAAUGGCUGUUCAGCAGCAGCAAAAUAGAAGACUUAGCUACUACUAUAGAUUCCCAAAGAUUCCCAGACCUAAGAGAAACGUACUAUACUAUUCGACUUGGAGCCGAGGAACCAAGCUUAUCCCAACUAAGAAGAGCGUCAGAUUACCUAGUAUUAGAAUCAGUAGGAGGCUGAUUUCUACCGCUAACCAAAAGCUCAAGAGUAAAACAAAAAACUUACACAGAAGAUUCUUUUCUGCAGAGGCUCGGAAGAGGAGACAACAAAGAAGAAAAUUCAUCAAAUGGUGGACAAUAACUUCUUUGGCUGUAGUUUUGGGCGGCGUUGCAUCAAAGAUUAGAUAUGAGAAAUCCCAAACAGAGGAUGUGUUAGAAAAUGAGUAUCAAAUUAGGCCUCAAUCAUGGCAUUUGUAUAUAUACUCCACUCUUCCCUUAAAAUCAAUUUCAAGGCUUUGGGGACAAUUUAACUCAAUUACCUUACCUAUUUGGCUAAGGAGCCCAUCAUUUAGGCUCUAUUCUUUGAUAUUUGGGGUAAAUUUGGAAGAAAUGGAUGAGCCUGACUUGACAACUUACAAAAACUUAUCUGAGUUUUUCUACAGAAAGCUUAAACCCGGCGCAAGGACUAUAUCAGAUUCUGAAUUAGUCUCUCCAGCUGAUGGAAAAAUACUCAAGUUCGGUAUAAUUAACAACGGCGAAAUUGAACAGGUAAAAGGGAUGACAUAUUCGAUUGAUUCCUUACUAGGUUUAAAGACAGAAAGAUUAGCGGCUCCUGCUCACUCACUUGAUUUCGAUCAUGAUGAUAAUGAUGAGGCCGUAUUGAAAAGAGAUGAGGAAUUUGCCCAAAUAAAUGGAAUUUCAUAUUCAGUCGAUGAUAUUAUUGGAGGUCAAACGGAAAGCACAUACCACUUGAACGAUUUUAAAUACAAGGACGAAGGUGAUAAGACAGCAAAAGGGUACAAAUCUUCGAUCUCAAAAGAAGUUGCAGUCGCUCAAAGCUUGGUUCCAAAAUUAGACGCUUUGGCUGGCUCAAAGAAGAACUUGUAUUUUACAGUCAUUUAUUUAGCUCCCGGAGACUAUCAUAGGUUUCAUUCCCCUACUAGUUGGGUGACUACUUUGAGGCGCCAUUUCAUUGGGGAAUUGUUUUCAGUUGCUCCUUUUUUCCAAAAGACCUUAAGGGGGUUAUUUGUACUCAAUGAGCGCGUUGCACUUUUGGGGUACUGGAAAUAUGGUUUCUUUUCAAUGAUUCCUGUCGGUGCCACAAACGUUGGAAGUAUUGUAAUCAACUUCGAUAAAGACUUGAAGACAAAUGAUAUCUACGAGCACGAGGUUUACCUGAACCGUUCAGUGAAUGAAGACACCCCCUUACUUGCGGAAGAGAAUAAUUCUUACACUGAUGAGACUUUCUCUACUGCUUCAAACGACAUCGAAAAAAAUUCCAAGAAAAGGCUCAAGAAGAAUACGGUAUAUGAAGCAACGUACACCAAAGCCAGUAGAAUACUUGGUGGUUAUCCUCUUGCUAAAGGACAAGAAGUUGGAGGCUUCAAAUUAGGUUCUACAGUGGUAUUAGUAUUUGAAGCUCCAGAUUCUUUCAAUUUUAACCUAGAAGUUGGACAGAAGGUUAAAGUAGGUGAAUCACUCGGCAACUUUAAGACUUGA